AUGUUUAAAGGAGGUGCUUGGAAAAAUACAGAGGCUGCGGUCAGUAAAUACGGAAAAAACCAGUGGGCUCGAAUUAGUUCUUUGCUGGUUCGCAAAACCCCCAAACAAUGCAAGGCCCGCUGGUACGAAUGGAUUGAUCCUAGCAUUAAAAAGACAGAAUGGAGCCGUGAAGAAGAUGAAAAGCUGCUACAUUUGGCCAAGCUGUUGCCGACGCAGUGGCGGACGAUCGCUCCUAUUGUAGGCCGUACUGCUACUCAGUGCCUAGAAAGGUAUCAGAAACUUUUAGAUGACUUGGAAGCUCGGGAAAAUGAAGAGCUUGGUCUUACUACUGGUGAGGGUGCGGAAGCUGCUCCUCCUGUCAAUGAUCCUAAUUCACGGCUUCGCUUUGGAGACGCUGAGCCCAACUUAGAAACCCUUCCGGCCCUACCAGAUGCCAUUGAUAUGGAUGAGGAUGAAAAGGAAAUGUUGAGUGAAGCUCGUGCUCGUCUUGCAAAUACACAAGGAAAAAAGGCUAAGCGCAAGGACCGUGAAAAACAAUUGGAACUUACGAAACGACUUUCUCAAUUGCAAAAGCGUCGUGAGUUAAAGGCUGCUGGUGUAAACAUUAAACUCAACCGAAGAAGGAAAAACGAAAUGGAUUAUAAUGCUUCAAUUCCAUUCGAAAAAAAGCCUGCCAUUGGGUUCUACGAUACUUCCGAAGAAGACCGUAAGAAUUUACGAGAUAGGCAAAAUGAAAAUCAAAAACUUUUGGAACGUGGUCUGAAGAGUAAAGAAAGCAUAAAUGAUCGCGGACAUUUUGAGCGACCAAAGCCUGCCGAAAAAGCAAAACGACCCAAUAAUGAUGCUCAUGAUGAGAAAAUGAGACGUUUAGCUGAAGCCGAGCAGACGAGUAAAAGACGGAAAUUAAAUUUACCGGCACCACAGGUCAAUGAGGAUGAGCUGGAUAAGGUAGUCAAACUGGGAUUCGCUGGUGACCGUGCACGUUCCAUGGCUGAUACGACAACAGCUGCAGGCCACAGUACUGGAUUGGUUGGUAAUUACUCUCAACUCGAGCGAUCCACACAAUUACGUACUCCCCGUAGUGGUGCUUUAGAAGGAAAAGAAGACGCACUUUUAGUUGAAGCGAGGAAUCAGUUAUUGAAAAACCGAGAACAGUCAUCGUUGUUGGGAGAAGAAAACACUCCAUUAGAUUCUGGAGGUACCGGAUUUUCCAGUGCUAAACCCGAACGUUCUGCUGCAGGUACAGCUCUUGAAGGGUUACCUUACAGCCAGGCCACUCCUUAUCGUACACCACGUGAUACAUUUGCGAUUAAUAAAGCUAGUCAAAAUGCUCAGGCUAUUGCUGACACAAAAGCUAAAAAAUUAAGGGCAAAAGAAUUAAUGAGUUUACUUGCCAAACUACCAAAGCCUAGAGAUGAUUAUGAAUUAAUAGAACCUAGAUUUGCUGAUGAAACAGAAGAAUUACCAGAGGAGAAUAUGGAGGAAGAUGCCGCUGAUCGUGAACGUCGUAUUCAGGAACACUUGGCACAUAUGGAUCGAUUAGCUCAAGAGCGCCAAUCGCAGGUCAUACAAAAAGGUCUGCCUAGGCCCAACAUUAUUCAACCAUCUUCUUGGAAAAGGGCAUGCAAAAGUGACUCUUCUGCAGAAAGCCUUGUGUUUCAAGAAUUGUUUGCACUUGCUGCAUCUGAUGGCAUCAGCCAUCCUACCAGCAGCAUGAAAAUAAAAGAAAAGAUAAAGAAGGUUGAAGAGUUGCCUAAUUCUGAGUUGAACAAGUGUAAGGCAAUGGUAUUACAAGAAAUGGAAUUCGCGCAAGACAAAUUAGAAAAGAAUGCGUUUGAUAAAGACUUUUUGGAAGCUCACGACUCUAUUCAUAAUACAUCCAAUUUAUUGCCUGGAUUAGUAGUUUAUGAAGAAGAUGACGAAGAUGUUCAAAGCGCCGAAAAAAUCUAUACAUUUAUACUCCAUAAAAGUCUUGCACAAGAUGCCAUUUCCUGCAAUAGAUUAGAAAAUGUGGUAGGAGAGCGUUUACAAACAUUGUUGGAAAGAUCUAGCUUUUUAUUAUCAAAAAUUUCCCAUGCACAUCAAGCUUUGGAGAUGGAAAAAAGAAACCUUUCUUGUUACGAAAUGCUUUGGAAGCAGGAGUCGGAAAAUGCUCCUCACCGCUUAGAAGUUUUGGAACGGGAAGUGAGCUUUAUUUCACAGAUUAAUACUUAUGCUCAACAAGAGUACGCAUUGCGGGUACAAAGUCAUUAA